AUGUUGGCCAACGGUACGACAGCGGCGGCGGUGGUGUCGGCGGCGGAGAAGGUCGCGGCGGCCGUGCCCGUGGCGGCCGCGGACGGCGGUUGGCCCGGGUCGGCCGUCGACCACGUCCGGUUGCUCGGUUACCUGGUGAAGUGCGCCGCCAUGGUGUUCAUCAUAGUGGCCGCGCUGUUCGGCAACCUGUUGGUAAUGGUGAGCGUGAUGCGGCACCGCAAGCUUCGCGUCAUCACCAACUACUUCGUGGUGUCGCUGGCGCUGGCCGACAUGCUGGUGGCCAUAUUCGCCAUGUGCUUCAACGCCAGCGUCGAGGUGUUCGGCUACUGGCUGUUCGGGCAGUUCAUGUGCGACGUGUGGAACUCGAUGGACGUGUACUUCUCCACCGUGUCCAUACUGCACCUAUGCUGCAUCAGCGUGGACAGGUACUACGCCAUCGUGCAGCCGCUGGACUACCCGCUGAUCAUGACCAAGGCCCGCACCGUGGUCAUGCUGGCGUUCGUCUGGGUGUCGCCGGUGCUCAUAUCGUUCGCGCCCAUUUUCGCCGACUGGUACACCACGUACGAACACCUUGUCGCCAAGAAGCAGAACCCGUACGAGUGCGUGUUCAUCGUGAACAAGAAGUACGCGGUCGUCUCGUCCAGCGUGUCGUUCUGGGUGCCGGGCGUCAUCAUGUUGUUCACCUACUACAGGAUCUACCAGGAGGCGGACCGACAGGAACGGAUGCUUUACAGGAGCAAAGUGGCUGCCGCUUUGUUGAACAAGCACCUGCAGAUCAACGGCAUAAGUGCCCUCGGAGCGCUUUCCACAUCGGAAGCCGUCAAGGACGUGGACGUGGAAACGGACCCGGACUCCGGGGCUUUCCGACCAGCGGCUUCGAGCAACAAAAUGAAACGGGAGAGGAAAGCCGCCCGUACGCUGGGCAUUAUUAUGUCGGCGUUCCUGGCGUGUUGGCUACCAUUUUUUACGUGGUACCUGACGGGUUCGCUACUGGACGGCACCGCCUGGAUGCCCCGGUGGAUCACCGUGCUGGUGUUCUGGGUGGGCUACUUCAACUCGGCCCUGAACCCGCUCAUCUACGCGUACUUCAACCGCGAGUUCCGCGUGGCGUUCCAGAAGACGUUGCAGAGCUGUUGGCCGCGGUCGCCGCCGUGGUGCCCGCCGUGCCUGCGCCGCCGGUACGACCACGCCCGCAACGACACCACCACACCCACGGCUUUCGGGCAACAGCUGUGCAACAGCAACGUCUCCGAAGUGCACUACAUGAACCCGGCCACGAUAGGUCUGCUCGACAACGACCGUGUGGAACAGAACGUCUUGUGAAAAUACAUUCACUUCGUUGACGGGGUUAGGUGAAAAAUAAAAACAAUAGAGGCACUGUUUUAA